AAGAGAAGAGAGCCCUGGAAAAGCCGGGAGUGUUCCUCUCCGACGACCCUCAUCAGUCGAGGUUUCCGCGAGGGAAAGCUACCCUCGUCGUGUCCUCCUCGUCGGUCGUCGUCGGUCGUCGGUCGUCGUUGUCGUGGUGGUAGUGGUGGACGUCGUGUUGGACGUCGUGGUUGGUGGUCCUUCGUUUUCCUUUUCGUCUUCGUCUUCGUCUACAUCGUGUUCGCGUUUGUACCUGUCGUCGUCGUCGUUAUCCUCCUCGUGAGAAAUUCCCCUAGAAAAAAAGAGAAAAAGAAGACACGACGUAUUAUUCGUGAUUGGUUACUGGAAACAGUGUUUGACGCGUUCAUCAUUUAAUUUCAAGAUCAUCGAGAUUAUUCGUGAUUACUUUUUAAAAAAAAAAAGUAAAAACUAAACAAAACAAAACAUAAGAAAAAAAGGGGGUGUAGUUUUGGUAAUUGGAAAAGUAACUGGACUUAGACGUUUGAGUUAACUAAAAGGGGGGGUGAGUGGGGACGUUAUUUCGUCGUUAAAGUGAAGCAGAAAAAUAAGCAGCAGUAGCAGAACUCCCAGCAUUAUCGUCGAGAAGACCAGAAAAAUCCCAGGAGGAAAAGUUAGGUGGCUAGAGCUACUCGGAAGCUGAGAGAGGGAGCCUCCUCGCGUUCUCUUAAACUAAAGACCUCUUUCCCCUCAUCCUUUCCAUCCAUCCCUCCCCCUCCUCCUCCCCCCUGCUUCUUCCCCCGCCAACCAACUCCCCUUUCGGGAUAUUGGGAGCCCGCGGGAGGAUCGAAGAAGAAGACACUUAAAAUCAUGAGCGAGGGCACGCAGAAAUCUCAGAGCAACUCCUCCGUGCCCGAUGGCUCCCCGGCUCGACUCGAAGCCGGUGAUGGAGGGGGCGUCGGAGGGGACGGUGAUCCCAUCGUGGGAGGUGGAAAUUCAGAAAAAAAAUCUGGCUACGAGACGAAUCUCUACCUGUACAGCGAAGAGAUGGAAGAUCGACCCCGGAUAUCGACGUUACUCAACAGUUUGGCAAAUUACAGCAACACAAUUCCAGCUGCGACCGAUCCUGACAGCAAACCAGCGCCAGCUGCAGGUGGCGGUGCUCGCAUGGGCACCCUAAUUGGCGUAUUUCUUCCCUGUAUACAAAAUAUAUUUGGUGUUAUACUUUUUAUUCGUUUGACGUGGGUCGUCGGUACUGCCGGUGCGAUUCAAUGUUUUUUCAUCGUUUUAUGCUGUUGUUGUGUGACGAUGUUAACGGCAAUUAGUAUGAGCGCAAUUGCAACAAACGGUGUUGUACCAGCCGGUGGUUCUUAUUUCAUGAUAUCAAGAAGUUUAGGUCCGGAAUUUGGUGGUGCCGUUGGUAUGUUGUUUUACACGGGUACCACUUUAGCAGCAGCUAUGUAUAUUAUCGGAGCUGUUGAAAUAGUAUUGACUUACAUGGCACCGAAACUCAGUAUAUUCGGUGACUUUACUCAGGACCCGAGUAUAAUGUACAAUAAUUUUCGAGUUUACGGUACGGGCUUGCUGUUGGUUAUGGGCACGAUAGUAUUCAUUGGUGUUAAGUUCGUGAACAAAUUUGCUACGGUUGCCUUGGCUUGUGUCAUAUUAUCGAUCAUCGCGGUCUACGUUGGAUUGUUCGUGAAUUUCAACGGAAACGAAUCAUUGAAAAUGUGUGUACUCGGUAAAAGAUUAUUAAAAGAUCUCGAUGUAAUGACCCAAUGCAACAAAAAUCCUGGUGGUCACCUUUACAACGUUUAUUGCCAUAACGUAACAAACACUACAACUACCAAAUGCGAUCCGUAUUAUAUGCAAAAUAAUGUUACCAUCAUAAACGGUAUUCGUGGGUUGGCAAGUGGCGUAUUUUUAGAAAACAUAUGGGAUAGUUUUCAAGAAGAUGGUCAACUGAUAGCUUACGGUAGCAAUCCUAAAGAUAUUGACAAUAUGGCUGGCAAUAGUUACAAUCAGAUAACGGUAGAUUUAACAACGUCAUUUACCAUUCUCAUCGGUAUAUUCUUCCCAUCGGUGACAGGUAUUAUGGCUGGAUCGAAUAGAUCUGGAGAUCUCGCGGACGCACAAAAAUCCAUUCCGAUUGGUACAAUUUGUGCCAUAUUAACGACCUCAACGGUGUACCUGUCUAACGUUCUAUUGUUUGCCGGUACGGUGGACAAUCUAUUGUUGAGGGAUAAAUUUGGUCAAAGUAUAGGUGGUAAAUUAGUGGUGGCAAACAUAGCUUGGCCUAAUCAAUGGGUGAUAUUGAUCGGUUCGUUCCUUUCCACAUUGGGUGCUGGAUUACAAUCGUUGACCGGUGCACCAAGAUUGUUACAAGCCAUCGCAAAGGACAGUAUAAUACCAUUUUUAACGCCAUUCGCAGUUAGCUCGAGUCGCGGUGAACCUACGCGUGCAUUAGUAUUAACAGUAUUAAUAUGUCAGUGUGGUAUUUUAUUGGGAAACGUCGAUUACCUGGCACCAUUGCUUUCCAUGUUUUUCUUGAUGUGUUACGGUUUCGUUAAUUUGGCUUGUGCAUUGCAAACCCUACUGAGAACACCCAAUUGGCGGCCACGUUUCAAAUAUUAUCAUUGGAGUUUGUCGUUCCUCGGAUUGGCCUUGUGCAUAGCUAUCAUGUUCAUGACCAGUUGGUAUUAUGCAUUACUCGCUAUGGGAAUGGCAGGUUGCAUUUACAAAUACAUCGAGUACCGUGGCGCUGAAAAGGAAUGGGGUGAUGGUAUACGUGGUCUAGCGUUAUCAGCAGCCAGAUAUUCUCUUCUGAGACUCGAGGAAGGACCACCCCAUACGAAAAAUUGGCGACCGCAGAUCUUGAUCUUGGCCAAAUUGACCGACGAUCUCGUGCCAAAGUAUAGAAAAUUGUUUGCAUUUGCCAGUCAAUUGAAGGCGGGCAAGGGUUUGACCAUUUGCGUCAGUUGCAUUGCCGGUGAUUAUAUUCAAAAUUCUGGUGAAGCAUUGGCCGCCAAACAGAGCUUACGUAACACAGCUAACGAGGAAAAAGUUAAAGGAUUUGUCGAUGUUUUGGUGGCGGGUAACAUUGUCGAUGGUUUAAGUUCGUUGGUACAGACGACUGGUUUGGGUGGAAUGAAACCUAACACCGUUAUCCUUGGUUGGCCCUACGGUUGGAAAAAAUCCGAGGAUAAAAGAAGUUGGAGAGUAUUUUUACAAACUGUAAGAAGCGUUACUGCAGCAAGAAUGGCAUUGCUGGUACCAAAGGGUAUCAACUUUUUCCCCGAUUCUACGGAAAAGGUUGUCGGUAAUAUCGACAUAUGGUGGAUCGUACACGACGGUGGUCUUCUCAUGUUAUUGCCGUUCCUUUUGAAACAACAUCGUACAUGGAAAAAUUGUAAAAUGAGGAUCUUCACUGUCGCACAAAUGGAAGACAAUUCUAUACAAAUGAAGAAAGAUUUGAAAAAGUUCCUCUACGAUUUAAGAAUCGAAGCCGAAGUUGAAAUAGUUGAAAUGAUGAAUUCCGACAUCUCCGAAUAUACUUACGAAAGAACCCUGCUAAUGGAACAAAGGAAUCAAGUGUUGAGAGAGUUGCAGUUGAAUACCAAGGAAUCGCGAGGAGUGGAUAAGGUGCAGCCAUUGGUGGACUUCAACGAGGUAUCCGGCGAGGAAAAAUUACCUCUGGUACAGGCUAUAGUUGAUCAUCAUCACAACGUAGACGUGAAGGUACCAUCCAAAGUAAGAUUUCAAGAACCCGGUAGUCAGAAUGCCAAUGAAACAGACGAACCACAAGAAACUCUUGUUCGAGAUUCCGAACAAAAGGAUUCGGAAGAUAUCGGUAAUAACGAAAAAUUGGAUGACGAAAGUAAGGAAAAUCCGGACGAGGCUACUAAAUUGAUCGGUGGAUCGCCGAAAACGGAAAACAAGGAAAAUGCUCAAAAGGAGGCUAAGGAAAAUGAACAGGAAAACAAAGCGGAAAAUCCUUGUUCUAAAAUGCCACCUACGCUUAAACCUGACGAAAGUGACGUGAGACGUAUGCAUACGUCUGUUAAAUUAAACGAAGUAAUCGUGAACAAGAGCCAUGACGCUCAAUUGGUUAUACUUAAUUUACCUGGUCCACCACGAGAUACGAGAAUGGAACGCGAAUCAAGCUAUAUGGAAUUCCUAGAAGUAUUGACGGAAAGAUUGGAAAGGGUACUAAUGGUGCGGGGUAGCGGACGAGAAGUGAUCACUAUCUUUUCGUGAAUCUUCUAACGCACCUAAUCGCCUUGUGACGAAUGAAACAUCUAGUUUAUUUCUUAAAGACCUAAAAAGAAGAAGAAGAACAACAACAACAACAACAAAAAAAGCGAAAAAAAAAGAAUAGAAAA